AUGAUGGGAACUGAUCAAUUGCAGUAUGACGGACGGAAUCGUGUUUCGAAUUUCUGGAUUCCUACUGGUGGCAUCUCAAAGAAGCCAGUCGAUGGCGAGAUUGAGGAUGCAAAUGACCUCUUGAUUAGGGGAGGCUUCUUGAGACAGGCUUAUUCGGGUGUAUUCCAUCUGCUCCCGCUGGGGUUGCGAGUUCAGGAUAAACUGGAGCGUCUAAUUGACAAGCAUAUGCGUGCAUUAGGUGCAUCUAAGGUCUCUUUAUCAUCUAUCUCAUCUCAGGAAUUAUGGGAGAAAUCGGGCAGACUGAGCGAAAACUCGGAAGUUUUCCGGUUCCAUGAUCGAAAAGAAGCCCGAUUCCUCCUGGCACCAACUCACGAGGAAGAAAUCACGACCCUCGUGGGAGGACUAACUACAUCCUACAAAAAUCUGCCUCUCAGACUGUACCAAAUAUCAAGAAAAUAUCGAGAUGAGCCACGUCCAAGGCAGGGGCUUCUCCGUGGAAGAGAAUUCAUUAUGAAAGAUCUCUACACAUUUGACUACAGUGUAUCUGAGGCCUUGAAGACCUACCAAGCGGUCAAACAUGCUUAUACACAGCUGUUUGACGAGCUCAAAGUCCCCUAUCUCGUUGCAGCCGCUGACUCUGGGAAUAUGGGUGGCAGCCUUAGCCAUGAGUACCACUUCGUUAGUCCGAAGGGAGAAGACCGUGUGAUAAGCUGCUCCAACUGUGACCAUGUUUACAACGAGGAGCUCGCCGAUGGCAAGACACACGGCCAUCAUGAACCCGAGCGCUCAAACACUGUCGGCUUUCAAACAGAAGAAUCUCCCUCCGAAGGAGGCCCAACCAUCUCGACUGGUAUGUGGACAGCCGUAUCUCAUGAUAAAAACACGCUUCUCCGGGGCUGGUACCCCAAGUUCUCAAUGCAAGAUGGCGCAGCGGAGCCAGUGGAGCGUCACGUCAACUCUCACGCUGUCAAGGCGAUUGCCUCGGCAGCUGGCGUUGAUCUUGACCUCAGUGUGGAGAAUCCAACUGAAAAGUGGAUCGCCCAUGUCAAAACUCGAUCUGCUUCAGGAAAGCCGCGAGUGCUGGACUUGUACGAUUCACAGGUGCGAGUUUACAAGCGACCACCAUUGAGCGAUCUGCUCCAGCAAGCUGGCUGCACUGCCGAGGAAGUCGAAUAUUCCAUGCUCGACCAGUUUCCCGGAUCUUCCCACAAGUUAAGCCUUGUCCGGGUCCAUGACGGAGACAAGUGUUCUCAGUGUGCCGAAGGCUCAUUGACCAGCAAUCCUGCCGUUGAGCUUGGCCAUACUUUCCACUUGGGCACGCGGUACAGUGAUGUCCUGCAGGCUUCAGUAUCGGUCAAUCCGUCUCUAAUUGAUGGCGCGUCGCCCGCGGAUGUGAAGUCGGGCAAAGAGCAGAUUGUUCCGAUGCAGAUGGGUUGCCACGGCAUCGGAGUCUCUCGCAUGGUCUCCGCUGUCGCAAAUCGGCUAGUCGACGCGAAAGGACUGAACUGGCCUCGUGCGAUUGCUCCCUAUGAGGUCGUCGUAGUCCCUGGUAAAGGUCUGGAUGCUGUGGCUGAACAAGUGUAUGAUAGCCUCGCCAGCCCCCCAUCUGGAUCCUCUGCACAGGUGGACACACUCCUCGAUGAUCGGGACAAGGGCAUGGGCUGGAAACUUGGCGAUGCGGAUCUCAUCGGAUAUCCCGUGAUUGUCGUGGUCGGUAACGGCUGGAAGAAGAGUCAGACACUGGAGGUGCAGUGUCGGCGCUUGGGCAUCAAAGAAGAUAUUUCUCUCGACAGAUUACCUGGAUUUGUCGAAGAACUUCUCUCGCAGCUCUGA